CACCGCCCAACGUCGAACGCGACUGUUUGUUCUGGAUUGUGGGGCGAGGAAGGUCUGCGUAGCCGCUAAACAACCGACCGAAGAAGAGAGUCGAGUGAGGACUGUAAUGGCCUGAGGGGGGCCCCCCCCACCAUGUCCUAUCCACUCAAACUGUCCACUCAGUCUCUACAACCUUCCUCAGUGAUGGGAGACGGACUGGAGGCCUCCAGCAGCAGCCAGAAGCUCCUCCCCUCUGCCCCCCCGCCGCUGGCCUUCAACGUCCCGCCCCCCGAAAUAUGGAACCCCUCCAGACCCAAACGACAGACCAACCAGCUGCAGUUCCUCCUCAAAGAGGUGCUGAAGACGUUGCGGAAACACCACUUUGCGUGGCCCUUCCAGUCUCCCGUAGACGCCAUCAAGCUCGGUUUACCUGACUACUACAAGAUCAUCAAGAUCCCGAUGGACAUGGGCACCAUCAAGAAACGUCUGGAGAACAACUACUACUGGAAUGCAUACGAGUGCAUCCAGGACUUCAACACCAUGUUCACCAACUGCUACAUCUACAACAAGCCCGGCGAUGACAUCGUCCUGAUGGCGGAGGCCCUGGAGAAGGUCUUCCUCCACAAGAUCACAGAGAUGCCGCAGGAGGAGACGGAGAUCGCUGUGGUCACUAAGGGCCGCCGGGGGGGCCACCGGGAGCCAGGUCUGAUCACUAAGUCAGACUCGGGCCAGGACUCCUCGUCCCCCUCCACCACCCCCCACACACGGGGCUUCUCCUCCCCAUCAGUCACCCCCCAGACCCGUGCUGCACCCCCCCCCCCCCCCCCCAGGGCCCCCGCCCUGUCCCACCCCCCACGAGUGCCUCCCACACCCCCCUCCCACGUUCCCCACCUGGGCCCUCCGUUCCCCCUCUCAACACCGGAUGUCCUGGCCCAGGUCGUGACAUCUGUCCCCCCUCCGGCCCCGACACACCUGGUGCUGCAGAGCCCCCCCGCCCUCAUCAAGCAAAGAAAGAGCCAGAAGAGGAAAGCUGACACCACCACACCGACAGCCAACGACCAGCUGAGCGAAUGCUCCCCCGUCUCUGCCGAGACUCGGCCGCCGCGGCGGGACAGCAUUCGCCCGUCCAAGACGCCCAAAAAGGACACGUCACAGCCGGACUCUCAGCAUCACCUGGGGGGCGGUUCGGAGGCGGGGGCGGUGACGGUGAUGCAGAAGCGUCAGGAGCAGCUGCGUUACUGCGUUCGCCUCGUCAGAGAGAUGCUGUCCAAGAAACACGUGGGAUACGCAUGGCCCUUCUACAAACCUGUCAACGUGAAGGCCCUCAGCCUCCACGACUACCACGACAUCAUCAAGCACCCCAUGGAUCUCAGCAACAUCAAGAAAAAGCUUGACAACAGGCAAUACAGAGACGCUCAGGAAUUUGCAGCAGACGUCCGGUUGAUGUUCUCCAACUGUUACAAGUACAAUCCCCCAGACCAUGAUGUGGUUGGCAUGGCACGCAAACUACAGGACGUGUUCGAGAUGCGUUUUGCCAAAAUGCCCGACGACGAGCCUGAGGAGCCCGCCCCUUUUCCUACCCCAUCGUCGGCCCCCCAACACCCCCCCACCCCCUCCACUCGACAAGCUCCGCCUCCUCCCGCCGUCUCGGAAGACGACAGCUCCAGCAGCUCCUCCGAAUCGGAGUCCUCGGGGGCGGACUCGGAGCACGAAAGGCAACACCGAUUGGCUGAGUUACAGGAACAGCUUAAAGCUGUCCACGAACAGCUGGCAGCACUCUCUCAGCCUCCGGCCUGCAAACCCAAGAAGAAGGAGAAAGAGAAAGAGAGGGAGAAGAAGGAGAAAGAGAAGAAGAAAGAGAAGCACAAGAAAAAGAUGGCGGUGGUAGUAGAGGAACCCGUGGAGGCUCCUCCUCCCUCUGUGACACUUCAGACCACCGCCACCAAGAAGAUGAAGAGCAGCAAGGAGCCGAUCGUGGUGGUGAAGAAGGACAGGAAGAAGCCCAGCAAGAAAGAAGGAGUUAAAAACAGUCGACCGGUCGUUCAACCUCAGCCUGGACCGACACCGCUCGUCCCCUCGGCCUCUCUGGAGGCAGAAGAUGAACCAGGUGUGUUUGGGGGCGUGUCCUCCGACAGGUGUACACCCAUGUCCUACGAAGAGAAGCGCCAGCUGAGCCUGGACAUCAACAAGCUCCCCGGAGACAAGCUUGGCCGCGUCGUGCACAUCAUCCAGACGAGAGAGCCGUCGCUGAAGAACUCCAACCCGGACGAGAUCGAGAUAGACUUUGAGACGUUGAAGCCGUCCACGCUGAGAGAGCUGGAAAAGUACGUGUCCAGCUGCCUCAAGAAGAAGAAGAAGUCAGGAGAGAAGAAUCUGGAAAUGACAAACAUGACGAAGAUGAAGACGGGGUCCUCGUCUUCAGGCAGCAGCGACUCCUCCGACAGUGAAGACGACUCUGAGAAUGGGCUGGUUCCCAAGCUGCAGAAGAAGAUCCCGACUAUCAAAGACAUCAGCGACACCAAGAGGCUGCACCACCUGUCGCUCAGUACCGGAGCCGGUCCGGUCCCUCCUCAACCUCAGACUCAGGCUCAGCCUCAGGCUCAGGUGGUCCAGUCCAAACCUCCCCCUGUCCCGGCUCUGGACUCGUCCCAGCUGAUGGGCUCUGGAUUCGAUCCUCUGGCUCAGUUCAUGAACCCUCACCUGUCGCGGUCGAACAGCGAGCCCAAUCCGACCGUCGCUGCUGCUGCCGUACCCGCAAACACGCCCACCGAGACGCACCCGUUCCUGACCCAACAUCCCAUCACAGCUCCUCCAGCGAUCCACAUUGCUCUUCCCCAGCAACCGUCGAGACCGAGCAACCGAGCGGCGGCACUUCCUCCCAAACCCUCACAGCCUCCUCCGUCCUCGCUCCCAUCCUUGCCUCCUCCCUCCUCACCCCAGCUUCAGGCCUCGCUACCCCUCGCUACUCUCCCCUGCCCUCGCGUCCCAUCAUCGCCCGCGUCGCACGGCAUCCUGGGAACCCUCUCGGCGCAACCUCCCCAAGCCCUGUUGGAAGACGACGACGAGCCGACGCCCGCCAGUUCUCAAACCCCGCCCCUCAGUCAAGUUCACACCUUCUUGCAGUCGCUGCAGGCUCGGUCCACCGCGCAGCUGCAGCCGCCACACGUGCACACACACCUGCCUGCGCAGGGCGCCCCUCAGCUGAUGUCGACAAUGCACACCUUGGCCGCGACCACAUCUGGCCCUGCCCUGACACAGAGACACGGCUUAGGCCACGCCCACGUGCGCCACCCGUUUCCUCAGACGGCGCCGUCGCAGCAGCAGAAGGGAGUGGCCCUGCAGCAGAAGGUUCAACAGAUGCAGCAACAACUGCAGCAGCCGUCGCCUCGCAGCAAAGCAGAGCCUUUCUCAACAGGUGGCCUGCGUGAGAGUCCGUCUCCCCUGAUGAUUCACUCUCCUCAGAUGUCUCAGGUCCACUCGAUGGGUUCACCCUCUCAGACCAAGAAACAUGACCAGAGGCCGCACCUUGUUACAGUCAAAGAAGAGAAACCUUCCCAGUCUCCAGUUCUGCCACCCUUCAGCCAAGACGCACAGAAACACAGAUCAGACCCGAAGCUGUUGGACGGCUCUCGUCCGGGUCACCGCCUCCCAGACUCCCCGGCACCACUGUGUUCCCAGCAAGGCCUCAAAAUUAAGCAAGAGCCCAAAACUCCCAUCGCUCCAAAGAAGACACAGGAUGUGAAGAUAAAGAACAUGGGUUCCUGGGCCAGUCUGGCUCAGAGGUCCCAGUCCACGCCGGCCUCCUCCGUUCGCUCCUCCAGCGACAGCUUCGAACAGUUCAAACGGGCCGCCAGGGAGAAGGAAGAAAGGGAGAGGCAGCUGAAAGCUCAGGCUGAGCAGAUCAGGAGGGAGCAGGAGAAGCUACGUAACCGUGAUGAUGAUGACACCGUGGAGCAGGCUCGUCGAUUGCAAGAAGACGCCCGCCGUCGCCAGGAGCAACAGUCGCCGCUGGCCCCUACCCCUCCGGCUUCCACCCCGCCCACUCACUCCCCACAGGCCCCGCCCCCACAGGCCACGCCCCCGUCCUCUGCACUCGCUAUCGACCAGCGGGAGAUGGCACGCCGCCGCGAGCAGGAGAGGCGCCGGAGAGAGGCGAUGGCCGACACCAUCGAUAUCAACUUCCAGAGCGACCUGAUGGCCAUUUUUGAGGAGAAUCUGUUCUGAGGGAGAAUAUUACCCACAAUGCUCUGGCUCACAUGGUCCACACACACACACACACACACACAUACACACACACACACACACUGUUGAUAGUACCUGUCUCUCUCUCAGUAGUUGAAACAGCUGGCUUGUGUCAUGUGAAUGAGAGAAAGUAAACAGAAAGCAGGCCUGGUGUUCAUGAUGAGACAUUUAAAGACAUAAUGAUGAAGAUUUAAUUUAACUAAUGAACCUCUGAAGGACAGAACGAUCACGUGUUCAUUUUAAAGGGACAGUUCACCCUAAAGCCAGACGCACUGGUUCCUCCUCUCAGCUGUAGUGUUGUUGAUCAGAUGUUUACUUCUCUUUGAUCUGAUGGCACCAGACGUCACAUUUACAUGAAACCAUGAACUACAACGUCCAGCAGGAGGAGCGCGCCUCCUUCUGCCCUGUGAUUCGGUUUGUGAGAGAGAAAAUAGUCCCGACGUGAUGGACUCAAGACCCA